AUGAACAACGAAGAAUAUAAUAUAUUAGCCCAACGACAGCACAGCAAAUAUUUUAUGCGGUUUUUAAAUGUUUUACCAUCAUCACUAUCUUCUCAUGAUACCACAAGGGUGACAAUAGCAUACUUUUCUGUAUCUGGACUUGAUGUGUUGGGGUCUCUGUCAUCAAUAUCUAUCGAACUUCGAAAUAGGAUAAUAGAUUGGAUAUAUAGGCUUCAGGUGCAACCUGAUAAAGAGACUGGCGAUAUGUCUGCGUGUGGAUUUCAAGGAUCUUCUACAGUCAAUAUAGAUUUUAAUGCAGAUAACAAACUGUAUAGAUGUGGGCAUUUAGCUAUGACAUAUACUGGACUCUGUAUUCUAUUAACAUUAGGUGAUGAUCUGUCAAGAGUUAAUAGGAAAGCUAUAAUUGAAGGUGUUAAGGCGCUACAGACAGAAGAGGGUAACUUCUCAGCGACGCUAUCUGGCUGCGAAUCGGAUAUGCGUUUCGUUUAUUGCGCUGCUUGUAUAAGUUAUAUGCUAAAUGACUGGUCCGGUUUUAAUAUCAAGAGAGCCACAGACUAUAUAAUGAAAUCCAUAGCAUACGAUUAUGGAAUUGCUCAAUUCCCCGAAUUGGAGUCGCACGGAGGAACGACAUUUUGCGCUCUGGCAACACUAAGUUUGACCAAUCAGUUAGACCAGUUAACAGAGGAGCAAAUAGAAGGGCUCAAACGCUGGUUACUUUUACGACAGAUAGACGGUUUUCAAGGCAGACCUAAUAAACCUGUAGAUACCUGCUACAGUUUCUGGGUUGGAGCGUCUCUGAAAAUAUUAAACUCAUUACAAUUAUCCAACUACGCGAGUAACAGAAGCUACGUUUAUGAGACUCAAGAUAUAGUUGUAGGUGGAUUCUCGAAAUGGCCGGACACUUGUACGGAUCCAAUGCAUACAUAUCUUGGACUAGCUGGGUUAAGCCUAAUAGGAGAGAGUGGUCUAUUAGAGAUAGUUCCAACGUUAAAUAUAACUAAACGCGCCCACGAUCAUUUGAAAUCCUUACAUGAGCAGUGGGCGAACGAAUCAUAG